AUGAGACUUACCGAGAACGUAGUGAUCCUCACGGUGCGAAUUAUUGGGCCCGCAAAGCAGCACGCCCAAAGCAAAGCGAACGUCACAGACUCACAGCAGCAGAUUCUCAAUUUCUGGCAUGGCAAUACGAAGAUCUGUCCUCUAGCGCCCAAGGUGGAUAGCCCUGAAGAUGGGCUACACCCGAGCCUCAAAUUCGUGCAAAAUCAGGCAAUCCGACGACGCCAGGUUGAGCGUCUUUCCAAAGCCGUCCAGAUCCCAACUGUAAUAGAGAGCGACAUGAGCGAUCCCUACGAUGAACGAUUCAUGCCGUUUCUUGACUUCCAUGGCCUUCUCCAGUCCCUUUUCCCUCUAACCUACUUAAAGGCAAUCGUAAACCACGUCAACAGAUUGGGUCUGCUUUUUAUUCUUAAGGGGUCAGAACCCCAACUGAAGCCUCUUCUCUUCGCAGCCCACCAAGACGUCGUUCCUAUUGAUCAAUUCUCCGACUGGACUUACCCCCCAUUCGCAGGGCAUUUUGAUGGCGAAUGGCUCUGGGGCCGAGGGGCAAGCGACUGCAAGAACCUUUUAAUUGCAAUACUCUCUGUAACUGAGGACCUUUUGGAUCAAAAUUGGCACCCGACCCGCACUAUUAUUCUUGCUUUUGGAUUCGAUGAAGAAAUCCAGGGAUUCCUUGGUGCUAACUCGAUUUCCUCCGUCCUCGAGGAUGAAUAUGGCCAUGACAGCUUUGAACUCAUCCUUGACGAAGGGGGAAUGGGUAUCGAAAACCUCAUUAAUAACAAAGGGCGUGAUGAUAUAGUCUAUGCCAUCCCUAGUAUAAGCGAAAAAGGCAGUGUCAGUGUCUUUCUGAACCUCUCUAUGCCAGGUGGACACAGUUCCGUUCCUCCGCCGCACACAGGUAUUGGAAUAAUGUCUGAGAUUAUCUAUGCCCUCGAACGGGAAAAUCUCUUUAUGCCCCUGUUCGACAAGAGGCAUCCGUCGCGCCAAAGACUAGAAUGCCAGAUGAUGUAUUCACCGAACUAUGUUGAACCAUGGCUUGCAGGAGCACUACAGUCUACCAACUAUGUCUCUGCAGCAGAGAAACUAGCCUCUUCUAGGGGCGCCGAUUUUCGCUUCCUGCUACAAACAUCCCAGGCGGCUGAUAUCUUCAACGGCGGGUCCAAAACAAACAGUUUACCAGAGCAUAUUUCGGCCUUGGUUAAUUACCGGAUCGUCAUGCACCAAACACCAGACUUCGUCAAAUCCCGAGCCACCCCACAUAUGUGGGAAAGAAUCAUCUACACCUAUCCACAGAGAAUUCUGACCUUCACCCGGCGCCCGUUAGUCCCACUGAUACGGGGAAAGAUGCAGUUUGGACCCGGUUCGCAGGUGUUAUAA